AUGGCCUCCGAACACCUCAACAUCGACUCGUUACCCAACGAGAUCCUCAUCUCCAUUAUCUCCCCCCUUCCGACCACCGAGCUCACCCGCCUUGCCCUCAUCAACCGACGCUUUCACGCCAUCGUCCUGCGCCUGCUGCACUACCGCCUUGCCACUGCCGCCGCUCUCCCCCAGCACCAGUUGAUCCUCGAAUGCUACCACCCGAGUGCCAAGCUCUCCACACCCUAUCUAAACUGUGACUACAUCGGCACAGACGGACUGGACUGGCCCUCAGCCGCUAGCGACGACGAUCGCGGGCGCGUUGUCGGCUCAGAAGACCAGCUCAGCUUCCACGAGCUGAGGGCGAUCUAUUCGCGCUUCCGCCCUGUAGUCCAGGAAGAGAACCGGCGCGCGAGAUCAAGGUACCCCCGGCAACAGGUCUUUGCGGCAGCGGUGGCACAAGAGGUCGGCAGCGCAGCAGAUGCAGCGACAGAGGAAGCGGCUCCGGAGCCAGAACCAGCGUCCCACGACGUAUACCUUGAUGACGGCGAGCUGUUCACGCAGCUGUGCACUGUGACGAACCUGGUCAAGGUCGGCCCCAAGCGCGGUCUGUUCCUGAGCCAUGUCAAUGUCAGUGACGGCCUCGUCAGGGUGUGGCGCGACUGGCUCUCGGAGCGGACAGCGGCGGGUCCGGUGGAAGAAGGGGAGCGGGCAGUCCUCUGGGCAGAUGCCGGCAAGAACGUCGGGUUGCGCUUCCGAGUCGUAGAGAAGGCGGAUGCGCACCGGCCAGUAUUGGUGGCAGCCGGUGAGGACGUGCCCGUGAGCUACACAUUGGAGUACGAGGAAUUGCUAGUCAGGACCAACCAGCUAUUGCUCAUGGUAGAGAAGUCGGAUGAAGAGGAAGUCUCAAGUACAGGUCUGCACCUCGAUCCCCGCGGCUGCGUCUCGCAGCCCGUCGAGGCCAUGUUCUUCGCCCAGAUCCAGGGACUGCAGAGCUACGAGCGGGCACCGUCCUGGAUGACGCCGCACCGGGCAGCCGUGGUUGCUUAA